AUGAAUCGAAGAUGCAAUAUACAAGAAGAAAGUUCAUCAUCCAUUCUACACCUUUCCAUUAUUUUGACUGUACGAUUAUUAAUGCAAGGAAAAGAAGUUGGUAGCAUCAUUGGUAAACGUGGUGAGCAUAUUAAAUUAAUUCGUGAUCAGUCUGGUGCAAAAAUUAACAUUUCGGAUGGUUCAUGUCCGGAACGUAUUGUUGCAAUUACGGGUAAUACAAUAACAAUCAAUAAAGCAUUUUUCCUGAUUUGUGCAAAAUUACAGCAGGAUUUACAAGCUCUUCCAAAUAGCAUUCCAAAACCUCCGAUCACAAUGCGUUUGAUUGUGCCUGCAACACAGUGUGGCUGUAUUAUCGGUAAAGGUGGCUCAAAAAUUAAGGAAAUUCGUGAAGCUACAGGUGCAUCAAUACAGGUAGCAAGUGAAAUGCUUCCAAGUUCAACUGAACGUCCGGUUACAAUUUCGGGAAGUGCCGACUCAAUCGUCGAUUGUAUGCAACAUAUAUGUCAAAUUUUAUUAGAAGCACCAGCAAAAGGUAAUACAUUACCUUAUCGCCCAAAACCGACCUUUAAUCCGGCCCUAUUAGCUAGUUCAGCUGCAGCUGCAGCAGCUUCACUAUUACAGCAACGACAGCAACAGCAGCAGCAACAACAACAACAACAGCAGCAGCAAUCUUAUCCAACAUUAAUUAAUCCAUUGGAUCUGGUUAGAGUAACUUCCCCUUAUGUCGCAACUACCCAAUUACUGCCAACUGUGCCUGCAUUGAGCCCUUAUACAGUAUUUGGCAAUAGUUUGUUCACUUCGGUACCCGUAAAAACUGAUAUAAUCGAACAACAGCAACAAGCGAUAAAUACUGCAAUAUCAUGGGAAAAGCAAGUUGAUUUUGCUCAAACACUGAUGAAUUCGCAUUAUGCUGCUGCUAUGGAUUUGGUAGGAAAUAUAUUUCCGAGCCAUACAGCAGCUUUGAUUAAAGCAGCCAAGCAGGAUCAUAUGGCUAGUCCAGCACGCAUUUCACCAAUAUUAUUACAACAGAACACUCGACGGUUCACCCCAUACUAA